AUGCCUUUCAAAGCAGCCAAAGCAGCCAUCGCAAAAAAGCUCGACCCCACCUUCGAAGACCUCGAGGACCAGCUCGAGAUCUGGGGCAAAAAGCGAUGGGCCCAGAAGCUCCGGUUGAAGCAGCAUGAAUGGCGCGGCCACCAGCCCUAUGAUCUUCCGCCCGCUGUCAAGACUUGGAUACGGUUCGCGAGCAAAUUGAACGUCAUGGUACAGCAGGAGUUGUACCUACAAGCGCGACAGGAACUUCUCUUUGAGGAACUCGAUCGCAGCCCAUGGGCUGCGGAAGAUAUAGUGGACAAGCAGCAGGAAAUUAAAGAGAAACUCCGGCGAUUCCCGGGAGCCAUCUGGAGGGAGGAGCGAAAUGUCUAUUUUUGCAUGCUAGAAAUAGAAGAUGGGCCUCUGAAACGUGCCUUUCGUGCCCAUCAUCGAGAUAAGGACUGGCAUCUUUCGAAGUGGGCGCGGGAAGACUGCGCAGGCAUGGGAGGAUGUUGUGGACGUGCUUGUGGGUGCUGUACAAGGCCGAGGAAUGAUAAGCGAUCGAACCUAAUUGGGCAUUGUAGUUCAAUGUGUCUGUGCUGUGAGAAGGCCAGGGGAUUCAGCUUUGUAUAUCUUCGUGAGCCUGGGAAGGAUCCACUGUGUAAGAUCCCAAUAAGGAUACUGGGCCCAUCUGUGGUGAAGCAAUAUGCGAAUACUCAUGUAUGGGGGCUUUGA